AUGGCCUCCACGAUCCGCGACAAGCUCUAUCUGCCCAUCGUGGGCACCCAGCUCCUGGGCAUGCUCAUCCUCGACCUCGUCCCCUUCUACCCCAAAGUCCUUUGGCAGGGCCCCUCAUCACCCCUUCACUCCCUCAUAUCUCUCCGCAAAUGGUGGACUGUCAAGUCGGGGGACCCCUACUUCGCCUCGUCUACUCAUGAGCCGUGGUUUGAAGGAUUCCUCUACGUUGAGCUGCUGGUUCAGUUACCAUUGACCAUGUACCUCGCGUACAAGCUUGCUUCGUUGAAGCCAACCACUGGAGCUACCGAAUUGGCGGGUCUAGCGUAUGGAUGCGUGACAUUUAUGGGAGCCACGGCGUGUGCUUUUGACAUCUGGCACAUGGGUGCAGACAAGGUGGAUAUGGAGCACAAGGCACAGUUGUUUUGGGGAACAUAUCUUCCCUUUGCGGUUAUUCCCGCGAUUAUGGCUGUGGACAUGUACUUGAGGCUGUUGCCGAGAGUUCAAGCUCCGUCCAAGUGA